UAGAAACUGUGCAACUUUUCUUUGGAAUAAUGAAGUCUAUGUAUACAUUUUUGUUUGGAAAUAAAUUUACUAUCUUAUAUAUGGCAGACAAAAUGAAACCACACCAGUUAGCACAGUAGGACCUUGAUAUGGAGCAUCCUUUGGAGGUUAUGAUUUUCUCCCAUGUGUAUUGUUCAGAUCUAUUAAUGGAGAAUGAUAUGGACACCAUCUCAAGGAUCUUGGGCUGUUCAGUUGCAUUUCUGCCCCCAGUUUGUGAGGAUGACUGCUGGUCAAACAGAUAUAGGGCCAUCAACUCUGAGUGCAACAACAGGUAGGCAGUGAAAAAGCUUGUAAGGUACAUGAGUUCAGUAUGUCCUCAUCAACUGAGAAAGUCACUUUCUGAAUGUACACCUGAACCAUAAGGAGAAAAGUCUGUCGGUAAGGAAAUGUGUGGUUAACUUUGGGGCAUUUUGUACACUGUUUCUGGAAUCUUCUAUAAACAUUGCAGUCACACAACAUAGAAACGUAGAAAACCGACAGCACAUUACUUCGACCCACAAUGUUGUGCCGACCAUAUAACCUACUCUAGAAGUUGCCUAGAAUUUCCCUACCGUAUUGCCCUCUAUUUUUCUAAGCUCUAUGUACCUAAGAGUCUCGUUAACGACCCUAUUGUAUCUGUCACUACCACCUUCGCUGGCAGUGCAUUCCACGCACCCACCACUGUCUGUGUGAAAAACUUUCCUCUGACAAAACCCUUAAACUAGUGACUAUCUUGGAGUAUGAACUGUUUUUUACAAUAAUUACUUAAAAUACAACAUUAAUGAAGUUCCCUUUAGAAAUGAAAUUCAAAGCCAUAACUUAUUGAUACAUGAAAUAUCAAAACUUUAGUUGAAUAAUGUAAUGAUUGCAUUUGAAGAUGAAACCUCCCUGUGAGAAUUAAUUUCAGAAUGGAAAUAUUGUCUAUCGAUUAUAGUGAUAAGUAGUAAAAUAAGUGAUCUAGAAAUAAACUACAAUCAGCUAGAAUUCAAGCAUACUUCCAAUGUUGGCUGUACAUCUGCUUAGCACAGGAGGGCACUCCCUUCCAGUACAGAAGAGAAUUCAAAGUAGCAUUGGCCAAGCUCCAAAAUCAAGCAUAAUGUAAUGUGGUAGUGGACACGAUUUUCACUCAGUACUGUACUAUAUUCUCACCUGGUACUGAGUUUCUCUGAUGGGGAGUGACAAGAAUCUUGAAUCCAUGCCAAUAUGCUGAAGAGGCAGCUAUGUUUUGAACUCUUCAGGUAUUUGAUAAAAGCUGGAUUCUACACGACUGUGGUACUGUCCACAUGUGUAAUACUUCCAGAUACAAUGAGCUUUCCGCCAGUGGAACUCUGCUGCUCGUUAUCAAUCUGGUUCAAUGCUGAGGAUCGAGGCCCAAGGGUCAAAUCAGAAAUCCGGAAGUCGAGGAUGUUGGCCAGAGCCCUGAGCCUGCAAGUCUGCCGGGGAAGAAGCCUCACCUGGGAGCAGCUAAUGUUGCAUUUACCCGUUGGCUCCCAGCUCAAUAUGAGGAUGGAUUUUCAUUUCCAAAAGGAAAUGUUAUUCAGGAUUUCGUUUGCUGCCAGUUAUAACGCCUGGAGGAAGUUCUGUGGUCUCUCUGAACCCAAGAGCGUGAAAGAUUUCACAGUAGUACUCAGAAAUUCCCAUCUGGCAAAGGACCUAUUCAAGUUGUAUGGAACUCCAGAUAACAUAGAACCAUGGCUGGGGGGAAUAUCAGAGCCAUCCGUGAAAGAUGGGAGAUUGGGCCCAUUGCUCGCCUGCCUGGCAGGACAGCAGUUCAAAAAUCUGAGAGAUGGAGACAGGCAUCUUGGCAAAUGAAAGAUGAUGUUUCAAAAGAAUACAUUGCUGAAUAAGAAUAACAGCUGUUAUUAACAUCCUCCAGUGUCCUUUCCCUUUGAGUCUGAGCAGGAUUGAAAGGCUAUAUCCUGCGGAAACAUCUGACCUCUCUUAUGAGGGUUUAGUACAACUUCAAUUUAAACAUUGCUGAUGCAAACGGACUGAAAUGAUGAUUUAUAUUAACAGACAGUAAAAUUCUAUGGUAUAUUGAUGUUCUCACAAGUAUCAAGAUAAGAAUGGGACAAAUCAGUUAUUGUCAAAUAUACUAAUUAUACCUGAUUAUGCUUCUGGGAUGUGUUGUAAUCCUGUUGUAGAAUUAACCAAUAAAGACACUAUCUUCACUAAUUAUGUUAAUUGUUUGAAUUGACUAAGUGCUAACUGAAUGGGUUACCAGGAAUGGAGAAGGGUGGGGUCAGAGUUGGAUGUCAGGUGUCAAAGAUAGAUUAAGGAUAAGAGUAAGGCAUGACAGGAGAAUUUAUACAAUUCUGUAAUUGCACAAUGGUUAAAACAGAGAAAAUAAAUAUUGUCAUAUCAAUUAAUACCAGCAGUUCAGUAAAGGACAGCCUGACUAUUAUUAAUCAGAUUUUCUGUGGACAGCACUCCAGUCACAUCCUCUGCCUAACAGAUACCUUUCAAGGCUAAAUAGAACUCACAUUUGCACCCGGAAAAAUGACCCUGCAGAAUUGGUUAAAUACGUUGUCAUUUCCCUUAGCUAGAUCAAGAAAUCCUGAUCCUGUCUUUCAACAGAAUACCUGGUUUCUGUAGUCAGGGUAUUUGUAAGGCUUGUGCAGUUGAACUUUUGGUUAUUAGUGAUCUCCCAGAUAUUGAUGAAAGGGGCAAUGAAGAGACUUUAAAAGAAGUGAGUGGCAGCAGUAAGGCCACUCGGGUGCCACAGAUUGCAAGGUAAUUAGGCACUAGGCUAGGGCCAAUAAAAAAAGAAGUUAAUUUUAAGUGCAGUGGCCAUUGUGGGAGUUGCCAUUGUGUGAGUGGACCAGUGUUAGAGUUGGGAGUUGAGUCGUUGGCAAGGAAAGGUGGACGCUGGAGGCAGAUUUCGGAUGAUUUUCUUUUCUUUCUUAUUGUACAGUUAGAGCAUUGGGAAUGCCUUCCAGGAUAGUGGAAUGCUGCUCUUGUGGGAUGUGAGAAGGCAGAGACAUCUCCAUUGUCCCUGACGACUAUACCUGGAAGAAAUGCAUCCUGCUGCAUGUUAAGGAGUUGGAGCUGGAGCUAAAUGACCUCUGGAUCAUUCAACAGGCUGAAGGACUGAUUAACAGACAAUACAGGAAAGUAGUUAAACCUAAGGUGAAGGACACAAGUAACUGGACAACCAUCAGGAAGAGGAAAGGGGAUAAGCAGCCAGUGCAGGGUACCCUGUGGUCAUUCCCCUCAACAGCAGGUAUAUCGCCUUGGAUACUGCUGGAGGGGAUGACCUAACAGUGGAAAGCCACAGCGGUCAGUUCUCUAGUAGUGAGUCUGGCUCUGUGACUCAGAAGGGGGAAGAGGCAAGAUAUAGUGAUCAUCGUAUCAUUGAAUCCCCUAUCACUACAGCUCACAAGUGCCAGGGUCAGGGACAUCUCAGGUGACUCAGAGGUUGUAGUCCAUGUUGGUACCGAUGACAUGGGUAGAAAGGGUGACAAUGUCCUGCAAAGUGAAUUCAGGGAGUUAAGUUCUAUACUAAGCAACAGGACCUCCAGUGUUGUGAUCUCUGGAUUACUACCCAUGUCAUGUGCUGCUGAAGCCAGAAAUAGGAAACUCAUUCAGUUUUUACAUGUGGCUAACGGGAUGAGGCAAGAGGGAAGGUUUCAGAUUUUUGGAUCAUUGGGCUUCCUUCCAGGAACUUGUAUAGAUGAGAUGGUUUGGACCUAAACUGGAGUGGGGGCCAGGACUAAUAUCCUUGUGGGAAGGUUUGCUUGUACUGCACCGGGUGGGGGAGGGAGUCGAACUCACGUUACAGGGAAUGGGAACCAGAGCAUCAGAACAAGUGGUGGAUAGUUGUGGAGAAACAUGUUCUUAAGCUCACAUAAAAAGCCAGGAAUCAAAAGGUUGAGUGCGGUGGGACUAAUGGUCUGAGUUGUGUAUGUUUCAAUGCAAGAAGUAUUGUAGGAAAAGCAGAUGAGCAUAGAGCACAGAUCAGCACAUGGGGUUAUGAUAUUGUAGCAUUAGUGGGACUUAGUUGCAGGAGAGACAGGACUGACAGCUCAGUGCACUGUGGUUCUGUUGUUUUAGAUGUGAUAGAGUGAGGGGGAUUAAAGGGGAAUGGUGGCAUUAUUAUCCAGGGAAAUAACAUAACAGUGCUCAGACAGAAUAGUUUGGAGAGCUUGUCUGUUGAGGCUAUAUGGGUGGAACUGAGGAAUAUGAAAUGGAUGACCAUAUUAGUGCUCGCCUAAUAUUAUAGACCACCUAAUAGUCACGGGAUUUAGAGGAGCACAUUUAUAGAGAGAUCGCAGACAGUUGCAAGAAACCUAAGGUUGUGACGGUAGCUGAUUUUAACUUUCCGCACAUUGACAGAGAAUCUCAUACUGUAAAAGCUCUUGAUGGGAUAGAGUUUGCCAAAUGUGAUCAGAGAAGUUUCCUUAGUCAAAAUAUAGAUGUUCCAACUAAGGAGAGUGUGAUACUAGAUUUCCUAUUAGGAAUGGGACAGGGUAGGGAACACUUCGGAUCUAGUGAUCAUAAUGUCAUUAGCUACAAGGUAAUUAUUAAAGAGGCUAUGUCUGGUCCUCGGGUUGUGAUUCUACAUUGGAGAAAGACCAAUUUUGGUGGCAUCAGAAAGGAUCUGGCAGGAUUGGGACAGGUUAUUUUCUAGGGACCCAGCUGGUGGUGUAGUGGCAUCAGUGCCGGACGUCGGGAUGAAAGGUCCCGAGUUCGAAUCCAGCCGGCUCCCCUGCACGCUUUCCAACCGUGCUGGAUUAUGAGCUGGUGAUCUCUUUGGAAACUCACCCGGCAGAAGGCAAUGGCAAACCAUUGUUGUAACUUGGCUCGUACGUGGUUCCCCAUUACGUCAGAGAAGCAUGGAGGGAAAUCGUCUGCUGACUGAAGAAACUCCCGAUGCGACAUACCUUUCCUUCCUUUCUAUUUUCUGGGAAAGGUGUGCUUGGUAAGUGAGAGGCCUUCAAAAGUGAAAUAUUGAGACUACAGAGUUUGUACAUAACAGGUUUACUGAACCUUGGUUUUCAGCGAUAUUGAGGCCCAGGUUAAGAAGAAGAAGGAAGUGUGUAGCAGGUAUAGGCACAAAUGAGGCAUUUGAAGACUAUAAGAAAUGCAAGAGAACACAAAGAAAUCAGAGAGCUAAAAGAAGGCAUGAGAUUUCUGUAGCAGAUAAGGUGAUGAAGAAUCCUGAGGGUUUCUACAGGUAUAUCUAAGAGCAAAAAGAAUGGCAAGAGACAAAAUUGGUUCCCUGCAAGAUCAGAGUGUUCAUCUAUGUAUGGAACCAAAAGAGAUGACGGAGAUCUUAAAUGGAGUUUAUGUUUACUUAGGAGACAGAGACAGAGUCUAUAGAAGUGAGGCAGGAGUCUAUGGAUGUGAGACAAAACAGCAGUGACGUCAUGGACCAUAUACAGAUUACAGAACAGAAGUUGUUUGCUAUCAUGAGGCAAAUUAGGGUGGAUAAAUUCCCAGGGCCUGACAAGGUGUUUCCCUGAACCUUGCUGAUAGUUAGUGUAGAAACCAGAGAUAUAUAAAAUAUCCUUAGCAAUGGGUGAUGUAUCGGAGGUUUGGAGGAUAGCUUAAUGAUCUUUCAUUGUUUAAGAAAGGCUCUAAGAAUAAACUGGGAAGUCAUAGGCCAAUGAGCCUGACAUCAGUAAUGGGUCAGUUAUUGUAAGGUAAUCUGAGGGAUCAGAUAUAUGAAUAUUUGGAUAGAUGGGGACUGAUUAGGGAUAGUUAACAUUACAUUGGGCAUGUAGGUCAUGUCUAACCAAUUAUACAGAGUUUCUCAGGGAUAUUACCAGGAACUUUGAUGAAUAUAAGGCAGUGGAUGUUGUCUGCAUGGAUUUUAGCAAGGCCUUUGGCAGGGUCCUGCAUGGGAGUUGGUCAAGAAGGUUCGGUUGCUUGGCAUUCAGGAUGAAGUUGUAAAUGGAUUAGACUCUGGCUUUGUGGGAGAAGCCAGAGAAUGAUAGUAGAUGGUUGCCUUUCUGACUGAAGGCCUGCGACUAGUGGUGCGCCGCAGGGGUUUGUGCUGGGUCAUUGUUGUUUAUCAUCCAUAUCAUCAAUCUGGAUGAUAAUGUGGUAAACUGGGUCAGCACAUUUGCAGUUAACACCAAGAUUGGGAGAGCACUGGACAGGGAAGAAGACUAUCAAAGCUUGUAGUGGGAUCCAGACCAGCUGGUAAAAUGGGCUGAAAAAUGGCAGAUAGAAUUAAAUGCAGACAAUUGUGAGGUGUUAAAUUUUGGGAGGACAAACCAGGGUAGGAUUUGCAUGGAGAGUGCUAGGGCACUGAUGUGAGUGGUAGAACAGAGGAAUCUGUGAAUACAGAUCCGUAAUUCCUUGUAAGUGAUGUCACAGAUAGAUUAGGUCAUAAAGCAAACUUUUGACACAUUGGCCUUCAUAAAUUAAAGUACUGAGUACAAAAGUUGGAAUGUUAUGUUGAAGUUGUAUAAGACAUUGUUGAGGCCUAAUGUGGAGGAUUGUGUGUAAUUCUGUUCAACAACCUACAGGAAAGAUAUCAAUAAGAUUGAAAUAGUGCAGAGAAAAUUUACAAAGAUGUUGUCAGGACAUGAGUUAUAGAGAAAGGUUGAGAAGGAUACGACUUUAUUCUCUAGAGCAUAGGAGAACGAGGGGAGAUUUGAUAGAUGUAUACAAAUUUAUGAGGGGUAUAGAUAGGGAAAAUGCAAGCAGGCCCUUUCCUCUGAGGAAUGGUCAUGGGUUAAGGAUGAAAGGUGAAAUAGUUAAAGGGAACAUGAGGUGGAACUUCAUUCUGAGGGUGGUGAGAGUAUGGAACAAAUUGCCAGCAGAAGUGGUGGAUGUGUGUUCAGUUUCAACAUUUAGGAGAAAUUUAGAUAGAUACAUGGAUGGGAGGGUUAUGGCCCAGAUGCAGAUCAAUGGGACAAGACCAAUUAAUAGUUUGGCAUGAAUUAGAUGGGCCGUAGGGCCUGUAUCUGCGAUACAGAGUUCUACGACUCUAUUAUUUUAAAACAGUAACUAAUCUCAAUGGCAGCAUUUGGUUGUUGGACCCUCUCUUAUUGGAGAUGGCAUUGCCUAGCAUUUUUG